AUGGCGCAGACAAGCGUGCUUCCGUUUCAAUCGGCCUCCGGAGGAUACAGCUCCCUACCUGUUACCGGGGAGUCAACUCCCCCUCAGAGCCGCACUAUGAUGUAUGCCGUUAUCGCUCCGGCUACACCAAGCACAGCCUUGACGAAACCGGCCGACACCGCAGUACGUCUUCGGUCUGCUGCUGCACUCAACUCCACGGAGCAAUACUGGGCUGCCCGUGCACUGACUGCGGAGGCGGCUCUGUCUGUGCGCGCGGCGUUCCACCAAGAGGUCUACGUGCUGACGGAGUCACACGAGGAGAAGCGCGCGCAUGAACUUGCCGAGCUGCAGCGGAUACACGACGAGCGGCAUGCGAAGCUGGAGAGACUCGUGCUCAUACUUCUCGGCUGUCUCUUUGCAUUUGUUUCUGCCAUCUUGUAUAUCCUGUUUCGCCAACACACGGACUAUCGCUCCUCUCGUUGGUGCCUGCCGUCGCAUUUCACGAUACCCGUUCUAUCACCAUUCACGUCUGUGGUAGAGCAUGAGACGUCGGUAUUUAACACGAGAUCAAUCACAAUUGUUCUACUCGUACUGGCGGCGUUGGCCUACGCUUGUUUUCGAUAUUGGCUCUCACAUUUAAGGCACCGAUGA